AUGGUGUCUAUGAUCCACGUUAACUAUAUAUUUGUUGCUGAAAACAUCAAUCAUAGGUGCCUUGUGCCGGAAUGUGAGGGCCUGAAUCCGGGGGUGGAAGUGCCAAUAUGGUGGCCAAAAGACGUGGAUCCGAAGUGUUUCAAGCCUGUAUUAAACGUCCGCGCAUUCGAGGAGGCCAACAAAACGUGCACAAACAUGGUUUUCGAGGAAACUCUGGAGAAUUGUCACGAGUGGAUAUAUGAGAAUAACGACUCAAUAGUCGCCGCGUUAAAUCUCGGUUGCCAAUCAUGGAAGCCUACAUUAGUUGGCAGUAUCCACAAUGCCGGAAUGAUUGUUUCAAUGAUGAUAACAGGAUGGAUUUCGGAUAAGAUAGGUAGAAAACCUACUAUCAUCGUUUGCUCUAUCGGAGGCUCCGUAGGAGUGUUCAAAGUAUUGGUACAAAAUUACUACGCGUAUUUAGCCCUGGAAUUUCUGGAGUCCAUACUUGCCUCAGGACUUUAUACCGUCGCAGUUGUUUUAUUAAUCGAAGUGGGAGGAGAAACAAAGAGGGUCUCAGCAGGAGUGAUAUUCUCUUACGCGGUGUACGUUGGAGAGGUUUUGUUUGCGUUCAUUGCUAUGGGCCUUAAAUAUUGGAAAACGUUAAUAUUAGUGGUUUACACGCCGAUGAUCCUAUUUCUUGCAUAUGGAUUCCUUUUGCGGGAAAGUACAAGAUGGCAGAUGUUGCGCGGGAGGAUGGACGAAGCUAAGGAGACUUUGAAGGCUAUAGCGAGAGCAAACAAAUUAGAUGUUACAUCGAAGGAAAUCACAGAUAUAAGCGAUGGCGAGCUACGCAUGAGAUUCAACGUAGCCGUGCAAAAAGAGAAGGAAAAAAUGAAGGAUAUAUUAAAUUCAAAGGAGAUCAUGAUUCGAGUGUGUGUCACAUCAGUAUGCUUUUUCUCGUCCAGUUUCAUUUAUUACGGGAUGGCGGUACAUUCAGUACUACUGCCCGGUAAUAAAUAUACAAACUUCGUUCUCACUUCCAUAACAUCGUUUCCCGGGGAUUUGUUGGCGUAUUACACAUUCAAUAAGUUUGGCAGAAGAAUUUCCUUGCAAUGCGGAUAUAUUGUGUCGGCCAUAUUUCUGAUGGCACAAACAUUUAUACCCAACGAUAAAGUUUGGUUGAAGGUUUUGCUGUUUUUAACGGGAAAAAUUGGAGUAGUUGUGUGCUUCACGGGGAUAUACACUUACAGUUUAGAGUUGUUUCCAACAAGUGUGAGAGGUUCGUUAGUCGGUUGGGGCAACACUGCAGCGAGAGUUGGAAGUAUGCUGGCUCCCCUGACUCCGUUAUUGUCUAUGGAAUUGGCAUCAUUACCAUCGAUACUGUUCGCAUCUACGGCAAUUGUAGCAGCUUUGCUAUUAACCUUCACCCCGGAAACUAAAAAUCUACCGCUAUUUGACACCAUAGCGCAGAUAGAUAAUCAUCAGGAAAAAAUAACCACACAUUUA